UUAACCGAUAGAAGAAGAUUGUUGAAAAGAGUGUAAAAUGUUAAUAGCUGGAGAAUCAUGUUCCUCAAAUUCUUCCAAUACAAAAUACCAUGUUUUCUUAAGUUACGAUGGAAGAGAAGGUUCACACUUAAAAUUCAUUAAUCAGUUACGUGCUUCGUUGAAGCGAAAGGGAAUCGUAGCUAAUAUCCCAGAUAACAAAGAACAUGUGAUUGAAAAGUCCCUCGCUGCCAUUGUAGUAUUCUCUAAGAGCUAUGGUUCUUCUACUUUGCGUUUGGAUGAACUAGAAAAGAUUGCCGAAUCAAAAAAGGUAUUAGGAUUAGAUGUUUUUCCGAUCUUUUAUGAUGUAACUCCUUCUGAUGUUCGUUACCAGAAAAAUAGUUUCGGUGAGGCUUUUGGACAACAUAUCAUAAGUUCUGAACAACACAAAUUCAAGAUGAAGAAAUGGAUAGAUUGUUUACACCAAGUUGCUGAUUUAUCUGGCUACGAAUCUAAAAAUAGGUAUAUUUUUUCCAAACUUUGGCCGCUGAGAUCCAAACACAAACCCCUCCGUUUCUUCUAGAUCAAAGCUUCAUUUCUCGAAGAGAUAGAAGGGAA